UGUCCUCAAGGUUGCGACAUGGAGCGGACCUGGGCGUUAACGGCGGUGCUGGCGACAUGGGCAGCGGCUGGUGGGGUGUGGGCGUCUACCGUGGAAGACCUACGAGCCGAGCAUCGAGCGAUCGACCUACCGGUCGACCGAGUUGUCGACCUUCCGGCCGAACACCGAGCCCAUGACUUCACUGAUCUUCUCUCCAAGCUUCCUAUUGCCACCUCCAAUAUGUUCAUCUGGAACCACCCGGACGGCAGUUACAGGUUCGGGAUGCAGGGUGACGAUCAGUGGCGGGUUGAGUCCAGGGACGCCGACGGCACCGUCAAGGGACGCUACUCCUACCAGACGCCCGAGGGCCAGGUUGUUGACAUCACCUACGACGCCGGUCCUCAGGGCUACCGCGCCAGAGGAGGCGCCAUCCCAGGGGGCGCCUCGCUACUACAGCAGCAGACGCCGGAGGAAUCUCCGCUAGUACCAACACGGUACAGCCAGCAAAGUGGCGGGGAAUUGUCUGAUUACUACGGCGCUCUAUUGUAUGUUGACGUGGAGAAAACUCUUCCUAGUGGCGACGGCGUCACCACCUUCGCUGACGACGACAACGUGGCGAUAGUGACGGACGUGAGGCUUCAGCAGCUGCAGGAGGGCCCCGUGGCAGUGUUCCCUGUCGGGUUCUUGCCAGGGUCCACGCUCCAGCUGGCAGGACCGCCUUUCGUCAACGACUCUCCUGUUCAACCGGCCGCCAUUCCUGUGUAGAUAUACUCACGCCUGCACUCAUACCCCCGCAUGAAUUAUGACUCCAACGCAUCACCAAGGUGUUUCUUAACGGCACUAAAAGCACUCCCAGUCGUCUGAUCGUCAUCAGUUUGAGUGGUUGACUUUGUCUUAUUGAAGACCAGAGCCUGAGUGAUUCUUCUCUUGUGGCGGUCCCAAGAUGAAGCUGCGGCCAGUUGCUGCGUAGAGAGUGCCAGUAGACAGUAUGGAGAGUGCAAACAAACGGAGUAUAGAGUGCCAGCAGACGGUGUGGCGGCUGGACAGUCGCCGCAUCAGUAAUCUUGUUACCUAUAAGCUUUAAUGGGCAUUUCCGUGUUUACCAAUUCGUAGUUCCGGCACAGCUGAGACGAUCCGCAUGAAGGUGUGGCGAGUCAGUAUGGCCAGAAGAGAACUCAAUAUGAUUGUUCAGGGCGGACCGGAACGUCGUCGUUCCUUUCUUUCUAGUGUGCGGUUUGGUCAACACUCAACAUGAUUUUCAACAAAGACAAUUAAAAUCACUUUGAGGCAAUGGAGCGGCUUGAACUCGUUCUCGGUUGUAUCAUCGUGACCGAGUGGUCAAGACAGGCGUCUGGGAAUCACCAGGUCAUGGGUUCAAGUCACUACAUCGCCUCGAAAUGAUUUGAAUUGAUGUCACGCCAUUGAGAUAUCAUUCCGACCAUGGUUCUCAACAUUUAAUCCAGCGAGUAGCUAUGUUUUCCUGCGAGUGUUUGAAGUUUAAAAUUAACUGCAUCAAAAUUAAACUCGCCUUAGAUUAUGAGGAAUAACUUGAUACUUGAGUGCAAGUAGUUGAAGAAGAGGGUAAGACAUCCCUGAGAGGUGUUGAGACCUCAUCUCCAUCAGGCUGUGCCUAGCUGCUGUGAUGUUUAAAUUAAAUAAAAACUUGAAGAGA